AUGGCGAUUGCCGAAGUUUUGCCUAAAGAGUACGGAUAUGUCGUCAUCGUCGUCGUCUUCUACUGUUUCCUCAAUUUCUGGAUGGGUUUCCAAGUCGGCGGAGCUCGCAAGAGGUACAAAGUUCCUUAUCCAACACUAUACGCAAUAGAAUCAGAAAACAAAAAUGCUAAGCUCUUCAAUUGCGUUCAGAGAGGUCAUCAGAAUUCUCUAGAGAUGAUGCCAAUGUACUUCUUGCUCAUGAUCCUCGGUGGGAUGAAGCACCCUUGUAUCUGCACAGGCCUUGGCUUGCUCUACAACGUAAGCAGAUUCUUCUACUUCAAAGGCUAUUCCACUGGAGAUCCUAUGAAGCGCCUCACCAUCGGGUUUGUUCUUUCUCUUCUCUUUUUAUGUUUUUAA